UGUAUCGUUUUUGGGGUUAUUUUACAGGAAUCUGCCCUUCAAGAUUUUAUCAUAAAGCUUAACUCAUACAGCAACCAACAUGAGGUAGCAUAUGUUUUAUCUGUAAAAACAAUAAGAAAACAUUUUCUUUAGUGUAUUUACAAUGCUUCGAAUCUUUUACCGACACAAUCAGGCCUAAAAGCUUCAUGAAACUUCAUCUGGCCAUCGCCAGGUGGCGAUAAUUCACCUUCAAGGGUGGACUUUAAUCAAAAGCGAUAGCUGUUGCUAUGGUAACAGGUGUUGUUAAGAAAGAAAUAGGGCUUUGUGAGCUAACAGCUAGCUAACGUUAGCUAACCCAAUACUGAUCUACGGCGACAUACGAUUACUGGAGAAACUGAUGCUAGCUAACUUACAGAAAGGAACUGUUAGGUUUGAAUCCAUUGUGCAGUAUUUUACAUUCGGUGCUAUACUUAGGUAGGUAGCUAGUUGGUUAGCUAGCUAGCAACUUCUGCUAAGCUCGUUGGCUAUGCCAUACCAUCAUAAUCGUUAUCUUAAACUAGCUAACCCUAGCUAGGAAGCGAGCAGUUAGCGUUACCUCAGAUAGAGAGAUAUAUAUAUAUACACACAUUCAGAGAAGCUGCACACUGCAAGACAACAAAGAAAUUAGGUAGCUAGCUAGCUUUCUCACGGGAGUUUAAGAUUGACCUCGCUUCGAUUACACAAGCAUUUUAGCCAUUUACACUUACGAUAGAUGAUGUUAGUUAACGCUAACCAGGCCAGCUAGCUGGAUGUACAGAAAUGGCCGUGCUAGCUAAGUAGACAGGUACAAGCUGGCGUUAGUCAGCCAUCUUAACCGAAGACACGCCAGCUCAACUCAUUCUUGUCUAACUUAAACGCCGAGCUGGUGUAUAAUACAUAUUCGCUGUUACCGGUAAUUAUCUAGCUACUGUAAAUGUUUGAAGGCCGUUGCUAAAAGUUAAAUGACACUUUGAUUAGUUAACAACCCAAAGCUAUCUCGCUAAUUAAGGAAAGCCCUGUGUUGUGCCCUAAGCGGAGGCGGGUCGGCGGUGAUUUCGGCACAGGGCGAUGUCCGCUGACCUAGUCGGUGUGUGGGAGGUAGCGCUGAGCGACGGCGUCCACAGAAUUGAAUUUGAACAUGGAACAACCACGGGGAAACGGGUGAUCUAUGUAGACGGCAAGGAAAUCCUGAGAAGAGAUUGGAUGUUCAAAUUGGUUGGCAAGGAGACCUUUAAUGUGGGAAGUACAGACACGAAGGCCAGCAUUAACAUUGAUGCAGUGAGUGGCUUUGCAUAUGAGUACACUCUGGAGAUCAAUGGCAAGAGCUUGAAGAAGUAUAUGGAAAACCGCUCUAAGGUGACGAGCACCUGGCUCCUCAACCUUGAUGGCAUUGACUGCAGAGUGGUCUUGGAGAAAGAUACCAUGGACAUUUGGUGUAAUGGACAGAAAAUGGAGACAGCUGGGGAGUUUGUGGAGGACGGCACGGAGACGCACUUCACCCUGGGUGAUCAUGACUGCUGCAUUAGGGCUGUGAGCAGUGGUCGGAGAAGGGAAGGCAUUAUCCACACCCUGCUGGUGGAUGGCACCGAAAUGCCAGAGGCCACAGAAUGAGACUCAAGUUUGGGCUGUUCCUAGGUCAGUCUUGUGGCUGCCGUUCUACUGGUUAAGAUCAGAAUUCAUAGGAAGAGAUCUGGUCUUAAAUCAGCCUGAAUGUGAAAGUUCUAGCCACUAACAUAGUGUGUGUGCUUGCAUGUGUGUGUGUGCAUGUGUGAAUGAAGAGUAUGCAGAUUAGAGGUGUGUGUGUGUGUGUGUGUGUGUGUGUGUGUGAUAUCAUGGUUUAGCAAUGGGGCACCUAAAUGACAUGGAUUGUGGUUACCAGGGUUAUCACAGAGCCACUAUAUAGGGAGUUGCCAUUGAACCUAUAACAUCAGAAUGAACAGGUCAGUGUUAACUUUCUGUGAAACAUUCAACCUUCCUCAUGCUUGGGCUAAUAUUUCACAGUGCACAUGAAGCUCAUAACUAUAGUCUUCAUCAUCUUAUUCCAAUGUACACAUUGUUUAAUGUGUCUAAGCUCACCAUCAAUGAAAAAGUAGUUGUAGAUAUAAUAUGGUAUCAGAUAUAAUAUAAAAGGCAUAUAAAGUAAUGAAGGGAUAUAUUUUAUUCAUGUCAAACAUUGCAUUUUUGUCUGAAUUUACACUGGACAAUGACCUGUCAUUCUGUUACCAUUACAGAACACCUUGUAUACUUUGUUUCCCUUUUGGCCAUGUUGGAAAAAAAAAAAAGCCUAUUGAACGUUGCCUUCACAAUGAGCUGCAGGUUGGGCAUGUUUAAAAUGGCAGCAAUGUCUUAAGAUAACCUGAGCUGUUUCACUUCCAGUUUGAACUCAAACAUUUAGGAAAAAAAAACAAAACACAGUGGUAAACAUUGAUGCUUACAUGGAUGGACUUUACAAAUGGGCCCCGCCUGUAACACUUAGACACUUAUUCAUCAUCUUCAGAACUGAAAAGAAACGUGAAAUGUAGAACAUUCCUUUGACAUGCAUCCUGAAGUAUUGUUUUGCUACAGAUCCACCAGCCAGCAUCUUAGGAUGUGGGAUUACGGCAAUAAUGUUCCUAUGAAAGUGCACUUUUCCUUCCUUGUAGGCACUUUGUUCCUCCUUCAAAGCAUUAUAAAGGCAAAGUAUCUUUUUACAUUUUAUGUUUUCCGCAUUUAGUUUUUGGCAGUCUGCAAAUCUUUCCUUAAGCACUGGUUUCUAAUUUAUGACUUAUGAUUCAUGCCCAACUAUUGAUAUGACAGAUUGUGGCAGAAAUGUAGUAAAUCUUCCACUGGGUUAAAGGAUGCUAUGUCUGCUAAGAUGCCAGCAAUAAGACGUUGUUGUGGGCCUGUCUGUGCCAAAUUAGUCAAGAAGAAAAUGGCUCAGUCGAUAUAUGGAUAUAGUAAUUAAAUUUCUUUCUUUCCAAAUAUGCAUUAUAGCAACUGUAAGACUUUCAAAUGGUUUUCCUGAUGGAAGCAAAAAUGUGAUGAAAUAUUUAAUGUAAUUCUUCUUGCAGGUACAAUUUACUUCCGGAGUUCAUAAAGUUGAUGUCAAUAUUGUACCUCUGUAUUUCUUUUAUUGUAGAAAACCCCUUUGUCAUUUAUAUUUGCAUUUUGAAUCAUUUACAGUAAAUGUUUAAAGUAUAAUUUACAGUAUAUUACAUGAUUUUUUUUUUUUUUUAAUUGUUAAGCGUUAGGCAUGAUAACCAAUGUUGUAUAUGUAUUACUAAAUUAAACCAAUAUGUCAAAUUUCA